CUAUCUAGAGUCGGUCAGCCCUGCGCACUAAACGUCUUGGAUUUUAGAUCUACCCACACAGCUUGGAAAUAUGACUUCUUCCAACCCCGACCAGCGCCUGGAGCAUCUCCUGAGCGCCGUGGAGAGCGAGUUCCAGAAGGGCAGCGAGAAGGGAGACGCGUCCGAGCGGGAUAUUAAACUGACGCUGGACGACGCAGACUUAUGGAACAAGUUUAAAGAGUUAACCAACGAGAUGAUAGUCACCAAAACUGGAAGGAGGAUGUUUCCGGUGCUCAGGGCCAGCGUCAGCGGCCUCGACCCCAACGCCAUGUACUCGGUGCUGCUGGACUUCGUGGCCGCCGACAACAACAGGUGGAAAUACGUGAAUGGAGAGUGGGUCCCCGGCGGCAAACCGGAGCCCCAGAGCCCCAGCUGCGUCUACAUCCACCCGGACUCCCCCAACUUCGGAGCGCACUGGAUGAAAGCGCCAGUCUCCUUCAGCAAAGUCAAACUCUCCAAUAAACUGAACGGAGGCGGACAGAUCAUGCUGAAUUCUCUGCACAAAUACGAGCCAAGGAUACACAUCGUGAAGGUUGGAGGCAUUCAGAAGAUGAUCAGCAGCCAGUCGUUCCCUGAAACACAGUUCAUCGCUGUCACUGCUUACCAGAAUGAAGAGAUUACCGCUCUGAAGAUAAAGCACAACCCCUUUGCAAAGGCUUUCUUGGAUGCCAAAGAAAGAAGUGACCACAAAGACGUCCCUGAUCACAGCGCCGACAGCCAACAGUCCGGCUACUCGCAGCUUGGAGGUUGGUUCCUCCCGGGCCAGGCUCCGAUGUGCCCCAGCAGCAGCCCUCCUCAGUUCAGCAGCACGCCGGGACACUCCUCCGGCUCCUACUGCGAGCGUUACUCCAGCCUGAGGAGCCACAGAGCGGCACCGUACCCCGGCCACUACCCCCACCGAGCCUCCAGCACAAACAACUACAUGGACAACACUUCAGGGGCUCUUCCCACUCAUGACAGCUGGUCUGCUCUUCAGAUCCCCAACUCCUCCGGCAUGGGCACUCUGUCCCACUCCACCAACUCCUCCUCUAACUCCAGUCAAUACCCCAGCCUUUGGUCAGUUUCCGGCACCACCCUCACCCCUUCAGGCUCUGCCUCAGGCUCCAUCCCCGGAGGUCUGACCUCCCAGUUCCUGAGGGGCUCCUCCUACACCAGCCUGACCUCCUCCCUGCCAGUGUCCUCGCCCUCCACCAUGUAUGACCCCAGCCUGGGCGAGGUCGGGGUCGGCGAUGCCCAGUUCGAGAGCUCAAUCGCCCGGUUGACCGCGUCCUGGGCGCCUGUGGCACAGAGCUACUGAGCAGAAAACUGAAACCCUGCGGCGUGUGGAGGCUCGAGGAGCAGGACUAAAGACAGAAAUAAAAUAUUCAAAAGAAGAUUUGGAGGCAUCACAAGGCCUGUGAGGAUCCUGCCUGCCUUGGGUUUAUGAAAAAAGCUCAGAUUAUCCAUUCCAGAGUCUCUCAAUUUUUAAAAAGGUGUAAAGUUAGACUGAAGAAAGAAGUUGACAGACAAUCGUCUCCCUCCAUGUUGGACAAUAUGACAUGAGAAAAUGAAACUCUGUAAUAUCUGCACACUCAGAACUCUUUCUUUGCUCUUAGUAGUUCCCAACAUGCUCAUCACACCUUCAUAACUUGUUUAUCAAAAUGACUUUAGACCCAACCAAACAUCCCUGAUAUCUUCUGUUUCUUAUUCCUGCAUUCAUAUGAUGAAAAAAAGGUUCCGCUAACAUGAUUAUGUAUAUGUGUGUAAAUAUUUUAAAUUAACGUCCAGUGUUUUUUCCCCCCCCCCGUAUAAAAGUGCCUUUUUCCCCAAAUGAAAUAAAUGUCCCACGAUCGGACCGAGAGACACAAGUGCCUUCUGCAUCCAACACCCUGUACAUAACUAUGUAUUUGUAUUUGAGCUCACUGUGAGUUUUUAUUUAUGUCAUUUAAUAAUAAAUUAAAGUGUUUGUUUUCUCAAUCCUGGGUUGGUCUUUGUCUGUGUGUCAAGUCAA